UUCUGUGCUGGGCUGUCUGCAGGACUCAGGAAGAUGCCUCAGCCCUUUGCGUUUGGAAACCGAACAGCCGGCAGGAAUCGAAAUCGAAAGUGGCUGGCUGAGGAAAUUUAAAAGCGCCAUGCGCGUCCCCUGCUCAGCAGAACUUCGGAGGCACAGAGCGGGGCAGCCCGGAGAGGCGUGUCCAGGCCACCAGCGUGUCCCUAGUCGGCCCGCACCGACCCCGAGAGAAGCGCAAAGGCUGAGGGUUAGCAAGGGCCGAGCGCAAGGGGAGAACCGCAGCCACCCGCCCCCGUCCAAGUGGUUAGGACCCGAGUGCCGGAGAAGCGCAGGGAACCUCCCCUUUCCCUGGGCACUAGGGACUCCCUGAGCAAGGGGGAGCGCCGUGAUCUCAGCCCUGUCAUGGUGACUCCGGGCGCAGAAGAGAUGUCGGCCCUAUCGCCUGCGGAGCAGUUCCUCUAUCUGAUCUCCUGCUUCAGGGUCCGGCUCACGCAGAUCAUACGGGUGGCACCGGUGCUAGACCGCCUGACCACGCUGAGCCUGCAGGAGAAGGCGCGGAUCCGGGCGGUCGCUGCACAGCAGGGCGACCCGCAGGCGGUCGGGGAGCUGCUGGACGCGGUGGCGCGGGGCUGCCAGCAGCAGGGCUGGAUCCAGCAGUUUGUCACUGCGCUGCAGCAGGCGGGCAGCGACCUGGCCGCCUGCUACGUGAACCCCAGCCUGAGCGAGCUGCCCUCCCCGGCAGAGGAGGCCGAGCACGACGUGUGCGUGCACCUGGUGCAGCUGCUCUAUGGCACCCUGGUGGACAAGAUGAAGAGCGUGCAGGUCGCCAACAAGUGUGUGGAGAAGAGACUCUUCCAGGGCGAUGACCGGGAGCGGAUCUUAGCUGCAACUGAAAAUCAUGGGGAUAGGGAAGGUGCACGGGAGUUGUUAAGUAGAAUAAUAAAGAAGAAAGAUUGGUUCUCUCCAUUUUUGGCUGUCCUGCGUGAAACUAAGCAUGGAGACCUUGCAGAUGAACUAAGUGGAAAUGUACCAGAAACAAAAAACAAAGAAAAUGGGAUCAAGCAGCCAGCUACUACAGAUGAGGACAUGGAAGCUGAAGAGCCGUUGGCCUCUGAAGUAGGGGAGGAGCUGAAGCAGAGUGAUGACAUGAAUGAUAGUCUGGCCUGUCAGAGCAUUAUAUUAGGAACAUCUUUUGAAGACACUUCUCUAGUUUCAGAGUCUGAUGUCAGUUUGCCAGAUGCAAGUGUCAGUUGCUUAAAUGAAAGCAUGGGACACAGUAGCGCCACAAGUUGUGAUUCAGAUGAGGACAAUAUGGACAAAAGAGCUUCCCCUGAACCAGAGCUGAUUCUCAGAGAUUACCAGUUGGAGGUCGCGAAACCAGCACUGAAUGGGGAGAACGUUAUAAUAUGUCUCCCUACAGGCAGUGGUAAAACCAGAGUGGCUGUUUAUAUUACCAAAGAGCAUUUGGAUAAGAAGAAAAGAGCAUCAGAGCCUGGAAAAGUUAUAGUACUUGUGAAUAAGGUACCAUUAGUGGAGCAGCAUUUCAGAAAAGAGUUCAAUCCAUUCCUAAAGCAUCGGUAUAGGGUUACUGGAUUAAGUGGUGAUUCUCAGCUGAAAAUCUCAUUUCCUGAAGUUGUAAGAAAGAAUGAUGUCAUUAUCAGUACUGCCCAGAUCCUUGAGAAUUCACUGCUGAAUGCAACCACAGAAGAUGAUGAAGAAGGUGUCCAGUUAUCAGACUUUUCUCUCAUUGUUAUUGAUGAAUGCCAUCAUACCCAGAAGGAAGCCGUCUAUAACAAUAUAAUGAGACGUUAUUUAAAAGAAAAGAUGAAAAACAAUAGAUUCAGAAAAAAAACAAACCCGAUUUCACAGCCUCAGAUCCUGGGACUAACUGCUUCACCUGGUGUAGGAGGGGCAAGAACUCCUCAGAAAGCUGAAGAACAUAUUCUGAAAAUUUGUGCUAAUCUUGAUGCAUCUAGACUCAUGACUGUUGAAGAACAUGUCUCCCAACUGAAAGAUCAGGUGAAGGAACCAUAUAAGAAGUUUGUGAUUGCAGAUGACAAAAGAAGGGAUCCCUUUAGAGAGAAAAUUACAGAAAUCAUGACAGAAAUUCAAAAUUAUUGUCACCUCAACCCAACAUUUGAAUUUGGAACUCAGCCCUAUGAACAAUGGGCGGUUAAAGAGGAGAAAAAAGCUGCAAAAGAAGAAAACCGUAAAGAACGUGUUUGUGCAGAGCAUUUAAAGAAAUAUAAUGAUGCCCUGCAAAUUAAUGACACUAUCCGAAUGAUUGAUGCAUACAACCACCUCAAUAACUUCUAUAAGGAGGAGAAAAGCAAGAAAACAACAGUAGAUGAAGAUGAUGAUGAACCAAUAGCAUCAAAACUAGAUGAAACAGAUACGUUUCUGAUAAAGUUAUUUUACGCAAAAAAGAAACAGCUGAAAGAGUUGGCUAGAAAGCCAGAAUAUGAAAAUGAGAAGCUGACACAGUUGCGAAACACCUUAAUGGAGGAGUUUACAAAGACUGAUGAAGCUAGAGGAAACUUCACAAAGACUCGGCAAAGUGCAUUUGCCCUUUUUCAGUGGAUUAAGGACAACAAAAUUGAAGAAGUGGGAAUUAAAGCUCACUACCUUAUUGGAGCUGGGCAUAACAGUGAAUUUAAACCCAUGACUCAGAAUGAACCAAGGGAAAUAAUUAAAUUUCGUGCUGGAAACGUCAACCUACUUAUUGCUACUACUGUGGCUGAAGAAGGCCUGGAUAUCAAAGAGUGUAACAUAGUUAUCCGCUAUGGUCUUGUCACCAAUGAAAUAGCUAUGGUGCAGGCCCGGGGUCGAGCUCGAGCUGAUGAGAGCACCUAUGUACUGGUGGCAUCAGGUGGAUCGGGAGCUGUUGAACGUGAAAAUGUUAAUAUAUUUCGUGAGCAAAUGAUGUAUAGAGCUAUUCGACGUGUCCAAAGGAUGCGACAGGAGGAAUAUUUAAAUAAGAUUCAGGGCUUUCAGAUGCAAAGUAUAAUGGAAAAAAAAAUGAAGGCGAAGAGAGAUCAGCUUAAGACUUACAAGGAAAAUCCAUCACUAAUAACUUUCCUUUGCAAAAAUUGCCACAAACUGAAAUGUUCUGGGGAAGACAUACAAGUUAUAGAAAACAUGCAUCAUGUCAAUGUGAAAAAGGAGUUCCAGGACCUUUACAGCAUAAGAGAAAAUAAAACACUGCAAGAAAAACACGCCGAUUACCAAACAAAUGGUGAAAUUAUCUGCAAAGACUGUGGGCAAGCUUGGGGAAAUAUGAUGGUGCACAGAGGUGUAGACCUGCCUUGCUUAAAGAUCAGAAAUUUUGUAGUUGUGUUCAAGGAUAAGAAAACCUCAAACAAAAUUUUCAAAAAAUGGGGAGAGCUACCAAUCAAGUUCCCUGUCUUUGACUAUGCAGAGCAUUAUGUUUCCAGUGACGAAGAUUAAGAAUUCAUUCAAGAAUGUAAAGUAAUGCAAAUACUCAGCAUUAUUUUGACUGCUAUAAUCAGACUCCCCUUUUGCAUACAGAAGGCCAAAUUUUGCAUCCUACAGACUGCUGAAGGCCUUGAAUGAAGUAAAACUACUGUGUGUGAAGAAGAAGGACAUGGAGAGGAGAGAGGACUAUGCUGUCUGGCAGCUGUUUACACUCCAGCAUGCAGUGGAGGUUUGGGAUGGGUUGAGGGAAAAGAAGACCUCAUGGAGUCAGGCUUAGUGUGGGUCCACAGAACAAACCUACUCUACCUACACAGCAGAAUCCAGUCAAUUAUCAAGGUUUCCCUUAUAUUUUUUUAAUUGCAGCUGUCAUUUUUAUUAUUGUAAUAAGUGCCUUUUGCUGGCUGAGACUUUCUUCAAAUAGCCUUUCGCUGGCUCAGAUUUUCUUCAAAUAUUUUGGGGGUUUUAUUUCAAGAGACGCUUUUUAAAAAAUAACUUGAUUAUAGUUCAAAUGUGCUGAAAGCAGGGAUUGGGAAUCAGUUUUUGGUGACACAGCAGCGGAAGUGGAGUACAGGGUAUGCAAGUGUUGGUGAGGGCCUCUGACUCCUAGAAGCGGUCUAAGCUGGUCAUUUUCCUCACCACCUUCCUCAUGCUCACAUUGCUGCUACUCAGAAGCACAGGUGACCUUGCUGUCUCUACUUCUACACUAUGUCCUGAAAGAGGAGGCCGGUGAGGGGAGUAGAUUUACCUAGUGUUAUCUCCCAGAAUGCUCUGUUUCUCUCCCUCUAUGCCAUCAGCUGGCGACUCCCAAAGGUGUUAUGUGGUCAGACUAAAACUAAACUACUAUUAAAACAUGCUUUGAAAAAUCACUGUAUUUAAACCCAUUUAAAUAUCCAGCCUCUCAAAUUCCAGAGCUUCAGUGACAAAUAUAACUUUACGUGUGCAGUAACAUGAAACGACUGUAAAAUGUUCGAGAUAAAAUAAUAUAGCCCAUUAAUAAAUAAUCUCUGUAAACUGUGA